ACGGCAUUUGUACCUUUACAAAACCCUUCCUUUUUACUCUUCCAUUCUUAAGAGGAAAAAAAAAAAAAAAAAAAAAAAAUGAAGCCUGAAAGCACCGAACCCGUAUCCGACCGUCUUCUCCAAAUAUCGGCGAAAUGUCUCAGCCUCCGAGACCUCGCCGGUUGCCGGAAAUACGCUCUCGAAGCCCUACAUUUCGACCCAAAAAUCUCUGGCGCCGACCAAAUUCUCGCCGUCGCCGACAUCCUCCGCGCCUCCGACCGUCGUGUCGGAAACAACCACCGUGAUUGGUACUCCAUCCUCAAGCUCCGCCGUUACGAGUCGGUAGACCCGCAACUCGUCUGGUCCCAGUUCCAGAAGCUCAUCGCCCUCGUCCAUCCCAACAAGAACAAGUUCGCUUUCUCUAAAGAGGCUUUCCAUCUCGUAUGCGACGCCUGGGCCGUACUAUCGAGCCCCAUGAAGAAAACCCAGUACGAAAACGAGAUUGGCAACGGGCAAGAACCCCAAGACCAAGAAAGCUCAGGCAUUGGGAAAAACGCCAAAGCGUCCGUUGGGGUUGAGAGUUUCUGGACAGUGUGUCCGUACUGCUAUUACAUUUAUGAGUACGAGAAGGUGUAUGAAGAUUGUUGCCUGAGGUGCCAGAAUUGCAGAAAGCCGUUUCAUGGGGUGGCGAUAACUGCGCCGCUGCCGGAAAUAAUGGUUCCGGGGAAAGAGCAGUACUAUUUCUGUUAUGGGUUAUUUCGUCUGAAGCUGAAUGGAUCAAUGGAGAAGGACAAGGAGGUGAGUGACAAGAAAGGUGGGGAAUUUAGCAAUGGUGUUUUGGAGGGUUCAGAUCAGAAGGUGGUGGAGAUUUCUGAUGAUGAUGAGGAAGGAGAUAAUGAUAAUAUUUCUUUGAAUGCUAGUUUUGGGAAUGGAAAGCAGGGAAAAAAUGGAGAGAGUGGUAAUGGGGAUGUUGAUGGACCAUGCAAGGGAUGGGUGAAGAGUGAGGGAAAAAUUGGAAAUGGGUUUGAGAAGCAGGAGAGUGGAAGAGGAUCGGAAUUGAGAAAUGAUGAGAAGCGGCGAAAGAGAAUGGUAAAAGCUCCGGCUAGAAGGAUGAUGAAUAGGAAAGCGAUUGCCAGUAAUACCAACAAGAUAAUGGGGAAUAGGAGGAUUGGAGGUUGGGAUCCAAAUGAGAAUAAUGGAGGUUGUGGAGUGGUUUUCUAUGAAGGAGAAGAUGAUGUGUUUGUUGAUUUGGAGGAUAUUCCUUGUUAAGGUCAUGGAAUGAACCUUUUUUUUUCUUUUCUGCAAGGUAGAUAAAUGGAAGACUACACCUUUUUGUUUACUGGGUUAUAAACAGUGGAAGCUGUAGGAAGCAGGAGUUAUAGCUAGAGAUGGUGCCUCAUAGUUUCAAAAGGGAAGUAAAUCUAAUCUACACAGUACAGUAACGAGCAAACUGCUUUGAUCUCGUAGUCUCUAAGUAACACGAUAGUUGUGGUGUAGAUUUUUAUUUUUUAUUUAUUUAUUUUUUUUGACUAGAUAGAAAUAAUUACUUUCUUCUAUAUGAACCACUUUAUCUUAUAAGGUUGAGAAGUAGAAAACUGUCCUGGUAAACUUCUGUUCUUGAUUGGAAAAAUGACUUUU